CCUCCGUCUCGGUCAUGGCAUCGUUCUACUGUUUUUCAGGGAGAAAAGCUCUCAGAUUUCGCGAAUUUUGAGCUUAUCUCGUGGAAAGAGUGAAUAAUGCAAAGGAAAUAGCUGCAUAAGUAUAGCAGGAAAUAGCUGCAUAAGGGAUUUCAUUCGAUUAACUUGCCAUUAUUCUAGAUUUUUAGAAGCUACACAUGUCUGGAUUUCUAGCAUUCGAGUCAACACAUCAUAGAACAUCUGAUGGCGGGUCCUCAAAAGGUUCUCAAGACAUGCAAGAAGAAGCAGGUCGUUGGUAUAUGUCCAGAAAGGAAAUUGAAGAAAAUUCACCAUCAAGAAGAGAUGGCAUUGACUUGAAGAAGGAGACUUAUUUACGGAAGUCAUACUGCACAUUUUUGCAAGAUCUGGGCAUAAGGCUCAAAGUGCCUCAAGUAACCAUAGCCACAGCUAUAAUUUUCUGUCAUCGAUUCUUUCUUCGUCAAUCCCAUGCAAAGAAUGACAGGAGGACCAUUGCAACUGUCUGUAUGUUCCUUGCUGGGAAGGUUGAAGAGACGCCUCGUCCGCUAAAGGAUGUAAUCAUUGUAUCUUAUGAGAUUAUUCACAUGAAAAAUCCUUCUGCGGCCCAGAGGAUCAAACAGAAGGAAGUUUAUGAGCAACAGAAGGAGUUAAUUUUACUUGGUGAGAGAGUCGUGCUUGCAACCUUAGCAUUUGACUUGAAUAUUCAUCAUCCUUAUAAACCACUUGUUGAAGCAAUAAAAAAAUUUAAAGUUGCCCAGAACGCACUAGCUCAAGUAGCAUGGAAUUUUGUCAAUGAUGGGUUGAGGACAUCACUCUGUCUGCAGUUUAAGCCCCAUCACAUCGCAGCAGGUGCCAUUUUUCUUGCUGCCAAGUUUCUCAAAGUGAAGCUUCCAUCGGAUGGUGAGAAGGUUUGGUGGCAAGAAUUUGAUGUCACCCCUCGCCAAUUGGAGGAGGUAAGCAAUCAAAUGCUAGAACUAUAUGAGCAAAAUCGAGUGCCACCAGCUCAGGGAAGUGAAGUAGAUGGAAGCACUGGUGGGGGUCCUAGUCAUCACAAUGUAGCAAAAACUACAGCUGUGACUGAGGAACAUAGUUCAAAGCAAGUAUCAUCUUGUUCGGCACCCGACCAUUCCUAUGCCGACAAUCAUGGGGUACCUCAAAGAGUUGCUCAGAAUCUUGGUAAGAACAACGGGACUACUACAGAUGUGGGUAGUGCAAUUACUGGUCAGAAGGUGGACCUGGAAACUGAUAGUCAUCAUCAUACCGACGAAUUGUCCUACAAGGAGAACAGCAGAGAUGUUUCAGACAGAACAAGACCUGUAGUGGAGCACGUUGGAGGUGAAGAGAAAGAAAAGAAUAAUAGUAAAAGUGAGACUGCAGAAGCAGGAGAAUGGAGGGAUGAUGGUGUAUCUCACAAGUCUAGUGGUAUAGUGGGUCGAAAUGUUGAGGUUCGUGAAGGUCCAGUUGGGCAGUCACCCAAAGAAGCCAUCAAAAUGAUUGAUAGAGACAAGGUCAAGGCAGCACUUGAGAAAAGAAGAAAGUCACGUGGAGAAAUGUCCAGGAAGAAAGAUGUGAUGGAUGAAGAUGAUCUCAUUGAGAGAGAGCUAGAAGAUGGUAUAGAAUUGGCAGCAGAGGAUGAGAAAAACAGGCGUGAGAGGGGGCAAAGCGGGUCUAAGGUUGAUAAUCAAGACGACGGAAAGGUUCGUGAGGAAUUGUUAAGUGGGCAUCAUGCAGGAACCAAGAGCCACACUUCAUGGGGGACGAAAGCAGAGAAUGCAGUAGUAGAAGAGGGGGAGAUGCUAGAUGAUGCUUCCCCAGCAUUGAACAGCCGCAAGAGAAAAGCUGGAAGGUCACCUGAUUGGCACUCUGAGGGGAAGAAGUGGAACGAUCCUGCGCCUAAUAACCAUUACCAUGGUUUGGAAGAUGGAAACCGCAAGAACUGGUCUGUUUAUGCAGAUAGGGAGCCUAAAAGACAUGCCCAUGAGAAUCACUUAUAAGUAUAGUAGGUAUCAAGGAUCCAAUUCUAUAUUGUAUUGUAGGAUGUCUUUACCUGGGUAGUCCAUGUACUGGACAAGUCAUUGCAGUGAGGAGUAUACCAGAAGCCACAGAAUAUGAGCCUUAAAAGAUGAAGAACUAAGGAUGGAUGCUUCACCUGAUGAACCUGGGAACUGGGGUAUUUUUACCACUUAAAGGUGACUGUUUACUUCCCGACAUUGUAAAGCUCAUAGGCUUUGUGGCCGAGAUCAAGAACUUGAGCACAGACGUAAGUUUGCUUCUGCCAUUUUUCAUGCAAGGAAGCCACGAAAUUAAUAUUAUGUUUCAACUGUGUACUCUAGGAUCAUUAUAUUAUGACGCUUCUACCUUAGUUAUAAAUGUAAUUUGGUUUGAAGUAUUCGUUCUUAGUUCGAUGUGUAUUUUCGGUCUAGGAUUCAAUUGUAUCUCAGUCAGUUGAGCUUUUAUCAGUAUAUCUUUUGCCUAACUUUGAAAAAGGAAAACUGUAAUCUCAUUGUAUUCGAAUCAAGGAUUUGCUGGGAACGCAUGCCGUUGGGAGUUUGCCCAUUUUGUGAAUUUUUGGUGUAUAAACCCAACAGAAACAGGCAAGUUUUGUGUUCUAAAAUAUGUUAGGAUGGUUGUUUUCUUUA